AUAUAUAUGUAUAUAUAAAAGUUUAGGGAAUAGCUAGUAAUGGUAGAUUUUCUUUAGGUUAGAAUGUCUGUAGACCUUGGUUUGACUAACUGAAUCUGUUACUACUUUUCUCUCUAAAUUAUUUCAUUGACUGAGUUGUGAUUUGGAUAAACUAUAAAUGUUCAGUAUGUCUAAUUUCGAAUAGCAAGUCUGCUGGGAGUGACUCGGGGCCAUUUAAUGAAUAGAUUUAUAACUUAAAAUGACAGCAGUUCCAUACAUACACAUACGAAAAAUAGUUAUCCAUUGUUUUAUUAAACCUUUGAUGCACCAAAUUUUAAAUAUUUGCUGAUAAUUCCUAAAAAUGAAGAAGCCUACCUGUGACCUUUGUGGAAAGAUGUUCUCUCGCCGAGACAACAUGGAGAGACAUCGCAUUCGUCAUCUGCGCCGUGAAGUCUUCAAAUGUGAAACAUGUGGCAGAGAUUUUAGUCAGAAAUCCUAUCUGAAGUUGCAUCGUCGUCUUCAUACAGGAGAAAAACCUUUUGGGUGUAAUUUGUGUGGUCGUGCUUUCUCGCGCAAUGAUCAUUUAGUGAUCCACAUCAGAGGACAUCAAGGAAUUAAAAUGUUCAACUGCCAAAUCUGUCACAAAGCUUUUGCACGUCGGUCUUACUUAACUGUGCACCAACGUAUCCACACAAAUACUCGUCCAUAUAAAUGCCAUGUAUGUGGGUGUGCUUUCUAUCGUGGAGACCAUCUUGUUCGGCAUCAAACUAAGCAGCAUGGAGAAAUAAAGGCUCUUCCUUCUGUUGAACUUGUUACAAGCACAACUCAGCAGGUUCAUAUGCAGAAUGAAAACAAUAAUAUGGAUUCUGAUAGUUUUAACAGCCAAUGUGAGACCGUUCAACAAGAGCAACAACAAACUUCUCUUGUUGACCAAACACAAAUACAAGUUGUUACAGUACAAACCACUAGUGAUAUGGAAGGAACAGAUUUGCAGCAAGCUUUUAAAUGUACUGACAUCUCUUGCAACACCAACAAUAAUGAUGGUAUUAUUCACAAUUCGGGAGACCAGUUAGUAGCAGCUGUUACUAAUGGUAACAAGACCACUUACCAUUCUUGCAGUAUUAUCCAUCCCAACCAAAUAAUACCAACUCUCCAAAGUGCUACUAAUAUACAGCCAGGCCAGGAAAAUACACAACAGCAUCAGAUAUAUCAAGCUACUGCUGACUUAAGUGGAACUGGUAUGGUUUACAAGUGUGAUUACUGUUCAAAAUGUUUCUCCCGUCAUGAAAACUUGGAGCGUCACAAAUCAACUCACCUUAAUGAGAAACUUUAUAGCUGUGACAUAUGUCAAAAGAGUUUUUCACGCAGGUCUUAUCUCAGAGUCCAUCAUCGCAUCCAUACAGGGGAGAAACCUUUUGUCUGUGACAGGUGUGGUUUUGCUUUCUCACGGAAAGACCACUUACUAAAACAUAAGAAAAAUAAUCAAGGAGAACGUAAACUGAGCUGUGUUCCUCCCAAGCAACUUAUUGACCUGAAGGAAGAUAUUAUCACACCUGAGGGAAACUGUCAACAGGUAGCAGUCGUCGUUCCAGCUGAUGCAUCUGCUGUGACUGAUGCUGAAGGCAAUUUAAUUGUUACUCAUGCCCCUGGUACAGAUCCAGCUGAUGUAGCCAGAACUAUUGCCAUGUAUCAACAAGAAGCUACUGUCAAUCAGACAGACAGCACUGGCACAAACCAAAUCUAUCCAAUGCUGUCAACAUUUCCCACAACUAUUGAAAUCUCACAAUCAACAGCUCAAAUAUUCCCAACUAUUCAGAUGUACCCAGCUGCCACACAGCUCAAUGUACCUCUUCAUGCAAAUGUCUCUCAUGAAAUUAUUAUUCCAACUUCUCAGAUUACACAGAGCAAAUAAAAUUCUGAAAAUAUCCUUUUUCAAUAUCUAUGUAUCAUGUAAUUGAUUGCAUUUUUACUAAAGCACACAAACACACACAUAGGCAAACACUCAAACACAAAUAUUUACACACACACACACACACACACACACUGAUGCAUUAUUUUUUGAAACUUGCUUAACUAACAAGUUGUAUAUACGAGGCUUAUUAGCCUUAGUUUCUUCUUCAAUAUUUUAGUUGUUUACUAUACUGUGACUAAUUAGCAUUUUUUGAAGAGGUCUCAUUAUGUAGAAUGUGAUCUCGUCUUUGAAUACUUUUUACGCAGAGGGACAUGGCUAAAUAAUUACAAAUAGACUGAUAUUUUCCAAAUUUCACACAAUUUGCCAGCAUACAUCACCCCCUGCACGCACACUGUGUACAUAAAAAAAAGUGUAUAGUACUUAGUGUAUAUACAAAGAUGUUUUAUGCUCCAAACAACUAUUGCUUUUUAAAUAAAUUAUUAACUUUUAUUGAGAAUCAUAAGAAAUUUAACUCAAAAUAAAUCUUGAAUUUAACAACAGUUUCCUUAGAAAACAAUUACUGAAUAAUUUUUGUUUUAGUUUCUUUAAUAUGGUCAGCCUUCUGUUUAAAUACCAAGUUUUUUUUUUUUGCUGUUUUUCUUAGUUAAUAGAGUUGUCUGAA